AAAAUAUCGUCUUCAUUAUCAAAAAUCCUCGAAACAGGAAUGAAUGUUUUCAAAAGUAACUCUCGGAUCAUAAAAAUCUAUAAAACUUAAACUGGUGCAUUAUAAGAAAUUCUAUCAACCCCGCCAAGGUAAAUCAGCCUAUAAACAAAAUAGCUGGUCCCUAAUAAAUAAUGACCUUAUUUAUAAGCUAUAAGUAUUAUCUCAAAAUUUUCAGUUUAAGUCUAACCAUCGAACUGAACAUGGCCGACAUGGGCCACCUUCUUCAACUCACGGUUGGUCUUUUCUCUCUUAAUUCAGUGUCUGCCUCUCCGAUCUUUUUUGGUUCUUCAGUAAAUUGUAUUUGCCCAGCUGAAGGAUCACAGGCAUUUGCAAGACUUUUCUUUGGAGCAUCUAACUGCUGUUCUUCAACUAGAAAGGGUGUUGUUCUGAUCGGAGGAUUUGAAAAAACGGAAAGUUUCUCAUGUUCAGUAACUCUAGCUGAUACUCCCCUUGUAUACCGUCCUGGAGCUGCAGUCUUAAAUAACCAGCUUUACUACUGUGGAGGAUUAAUUGAGACUAUAAGUCCAAGAGUCGGCAACACAACAAAUGAAUGUUAUAAGAACGAUGAAGGAACCUGGGUGUCAGUACCAAGCAUGAAUGUCCCCAAAUUUUCUCACACCAUGACAUCGGUUGGAUCAUAUAUCCUUGUAACUGGAGGAUAUAAUGUUGUUGUUGAUAAUAGUGGUGAAACAAAUGUAAAACAACUAGACACUGUGGAGAUAUUUGAUGGCUUUGUGUGGAUUAAACUUCCAUAUACUCUGUCUUCUGAAAGAGAAAACAGCUGUGCUGUUCCUGUCAGUGAAACAGAAAUAUUGGUUGUUGGUGGUACUUUUGACAGUACCACACUUCUUGUAGAGAAGUAUAAUAUAUUUACGGGUAAAAUCACUAGUAUUCCAAGCUCUUCUGUUGAGAGGUUUGGACAUGCUUGUGCACUGCUGAACGGAGAAGUUUAUGUAAGUGGAGGAACUUCUUUAAAAACUGAACUUCUUCUGGACACUGUUGAAGUAUUGAACCUAAAAACCCUAGAAUGGAGAACCAUAUCACCCUUGAAUACCCAACGUGCUGAUCACACAAUGGAGGUUGUAAAUGGAGAAUUAACAGUGUUUGGAGGAUUUGGACCACAAGGAAUUGUAGAGUUUCAACCAUUUGAUACAUUUGAGAAGUUAAUUGGUACCACAUGGCAAACUCAAACAGACACUCUGAAAUAUCCUCGUGGCAACCAUGCCUCCGUUGUAGUAGAUUGUGAUUAGAGUCAUUUUGUUAUUUAUGUUAUUGUUAUGUUUGUUAUUAUAUUUAGUUAUUUUUUUGUUAUUAGACAU